AUCGUAAAAGUCAACAGCCACGCGGGUUUGGCGCACACGAGUAGCUGAACAUUCACUAUAAGGCUUCGUCUUCUGUAUUUUUGAAGUAGUAUCACUCGAAAUGUCUAAAGAACUGCUCCAGGUUGUCAAUAUAGAAGAAGUAUGUGAACCGAUGCUCGGUGGAAACGAGAAGGGACAAACGAUAAAAUAUGUGUUUCAUACGGUUCAGAAGGAAGAAAAAAAGGAUGACUUGGACAGUAUUACGACGGCGGAAACUGUCGACAGCAGCACGGACGUCAAGAGCGGGGAGGCGGAGCGAGGUGCGUGGGGCGGCAAGCUGGAGUUCAUCUUCACCUGUAUUGGCUAUGCUGUGGGGCUAGGCAAUGUCUGGCGGUUCCCCUAUCUCUGCUACAAGAAUGGUGGAGGAGCCUUCCUCAUCCCUUACGUCAUCAUGCUGGCGGCCGUGGGUCUGCCUCUGUUUUACAUGGAGCUGGCGUUCGGCCAGUUUGCAAGUCUCGGACCUAUAUCUAUCUGGAAAAUCAACCCGCUGUUGAAAGGUCUUGGGUACGGCAUGGUGAUUGUAUCAUGGCUGAUCAGCUUAUAUUACAACGUCAUAAUUGCGCAUACGCUGUUUUACCUCGGCGCCUCCAUGACACCUGUGUUGCCAUGGACAACGUGUGGAAAUGCAUGGAACACCAACAGCUGUCUCCCCCAUAACUUCUCAGACAAUGCCGUUGUGCCCCCAUCGCACCCAAGCAACGUGACGUUCAACACCCCAGCGGAGGAAUAUUAUAAAUACUUCGUUCUUGAACAGAAUGACAACAUUGGGGAACUUGGGUCGGUCAACUGGAAACUGGCGCUUUCCCUCCUCGGCGCCUGGCUCAUAGUUGGGGCGUGUUUGAUUCGGGGCAUCCAGUCUCUCGGAAAGGUGGUGUAUUUCACAGCGGUCUUCCCAUACAUCAUGCUUACCGUUCUUCUCAUCCGGGGUGUGACGCUUGAUGGCGCUCUCGAUGGCAUUAUCUACUAUCUGAAGCCCGACUUCUCCAGGCUCGGCGACCCUCGGGUGUGGAGCGACGCCGCCACGCAGAUCUUCUACUCCCUCAGUACCUGUACAGGUGGGCUGAUUACCAUGUCCAGCUUUAACAAGUUCAAGAACAACUGCUACAAGGACUCCGUCAUCGUCGCCCUCAUCAACUGCGCCACCAGCAUCUUCGCUGGAUUAGUCAUCUUCUCCAUCCUUGGCUUCAUGGCUAAAGAGAAGGGUGUCUCCGUUGCCGAUGUUGCUGAUGGAGGUCCUGGACUGGCGUUCGUUGUUUACCCAGAGGCUAUUUCCCGGAUGCCCGUCUCACCUCUGUGGGCUGUCUUCUUUUUCCUUAUGAUGGCGACUCUCGGAUUCGGAUCUCAGUUCUCCAUGGUGGAGUGCGUGAUGAGUGCCUUCAUCGACGAGUUCCGCUCCUCCCUGCCCGGCAAACUGGCGUCAACGAUGUUCAGAAUCGCCAUCGUCGUUGUCAGCUUUCUCCUCGGUCUGCCCAUGGUGUGCAAGGGUGGUAUUUACCUGUUGAAUUUGGUCGACUACAGCGUGGGUGGCUUCCCUCUGCUCGUCGUUGGCCUCAUCGAGAUCGUCGCCCUCAACUGGAUCUACAAAUUCGAGCGAUUCUCUGAGGACAUCGAGAUGAUGCUAGGGAUGAAGCCAAACCUGUACUGGAAGAUCUGCUGGAAGUUUGUCUCUCCGAUUGUGAUCGGUGCCACCAUCAUCUUCAACAUGGCGCUGUACACGAGCCCCAGCUAUGAGACCUCCUCGUACCCCGCGGCCAUGUUGUCAGUCGGCUGGCUGAUCGUGAUGUUCCCCAUCCUCGUCGUUCCCCUCUACUUCAUGUACAAGUACUGCGCUGAGGGAGGCUUCUCGCUGCUGGUCUACAACAUGGCGCCUCUUCCCCAGUGGGGCCCCUGCAAGCUGGAGGACCGUCAGAAACACAGCCGGUACGCCCCGUCAGAGGUCAAGGUUGACGAUAUCCAAAAAGCACGCCCCACCUUCCUUUUCGGUAGCAACGCCUCCACUAUGACGGCCGACACAAGACUCUCUCCGGCGUCUUCCGUCGUCAACAGCCGGGUGUCACUCAGUCCCAGCAUAGCCAAUGUUUGAGGAUGGAACCGAAAAGAAGCAGACGACAAUCAAUGCAAUGUCAGAAACGGCGGGAAGAUUAAAAGGAGCUAUACUGGAAGUGGAAAAUAGCAGAAUAUGCCUGAAACUGUUCGCAUGGCAACAGGGAAACGAUGAAUGAAGAUAGCGGGAUGCACGGUUUAAGCUGCGCAAAUAGUGGUGCUAGGGGGUAUCCUUGGAUCGGCCUAGAAAGUUCCAGAGCAUCCAGGUAUAUUAGAUUCAGUCUUCAGACAGUCUGCGUUAGGUUCAGACUCCCGAAGACGUUCUGAGGUAGCCUCUGAUCGUGACUGUGAUAGAUUCUCACGAGCUGUGAUAGUAUCGGACACACGUUGGACAGUAUGUGAUAGUAUCAGAUUUUACAAUCUAGGCAUUACACUGUCUUGUGACGUCACGCGCAUAGACGGUACACCUAAUGACAUAUCUUUGUGUUGUGUGUCACGUGCGACGAGGAUAUGACUUGUAUAUCCAUGAAGAGACUCCCUAUAUUCCUGGACACCAACCGACACCAUAGUAACCAUAGAAACGUGGGCGAUGUCAAGGAGGGAUGACGAAGAGUACAAGAAGAUAAUCUCCACUGAACAUGUUUUUGUUAGAAUGAUCUGUUAUAUUUUGAUGAAUUUAUAGUGUGCCACAUUAUCCGGGCCAACUACGAUCAAUGAACGGGUAUUAAAAUACUUUUAUGUACCACUGAGAACACAUUUCCUUUGGAUUGAAAAUAAUAGCAUUCAAAUUCAGCAAGAACAUAAUUUGGAAAUGUCUUUUCACAACUGUACUACCUGAAACAAGAUUCUCAAAAGGUUGUGUUUGCACAGAUCGCGAGCUGCCCGGUGUACAGGUGUUUGUUUAUGUGGCCUAUUUAAGAACAUACGUAAACAUUCAUUUAAAUGACAAAAACCAGAAGCAUUCCAUAGCCAAGUGCUUUCGUACGCCGUACUGGUUGUGCCACGUGCAGAAUGUACCCAAGCUAUUAUUUUUAUAGUUAUUAUACGCCAGACUAUUUAUGAUACACACAUCUUUGUGUCUGGAUCACGGGUAUAAGAUACGCAUUUUGGAGUUAAUGCAUAAUAGUAUUAUAUUCCAUAACAGAAGGGCAUUCCACAACAUGACCAUUUUGCUGAUUGCUCUAUAGAUCUGCUGACUCUGGGACUUGUGAUAAUAACGCUUCCUUCAUGACCGUUCUCAAAUUCUAAAAUUGUUUACUUUCAUUGUUUUGACUACGAAAAUUCAGACAAACAGAUUCAUGACCAAAACUUGAGAUCGGAUAUAUCAUUGUUUUAAUCUGCCCCAUAUUUUUACAUGCCGUUGUACUAAGCAGAACGAUUAAUAAGUGUCUUAAAAGAUGUAAAUAUUUUAUAUGAAAUCUAAGCCUGCAACGACAGAGAAAUUGUGACGUCCUAAUUUGUUUCUCAACAACGAGUACACUGGUAUGGUUUUGUCUCUAAUGUAUUGAUGUGAUACCUUUACGCUGCUUUACGUGUGAAGCACUGCCAGAUUUGCCAAGAUAAUAUCAAAGUAUAUACGAAGGGUAGAGCUGUGAAAUCUGUCGAAACUGGCUAAUCUGAAUUUCUGUCAGUAACGGACAAUUGUGUUGAUUUCCCAUUUCUAUAUGUAAUGCCAAAUCCUCUUCAAUCCGUAUGCGCAUUUCGGUCCGUAAGAAGCCCGUUUUGACAGAUCACUCUCUAAGUUCUUCUAUUUGGUUCCACCCUAUCGGUUUUGGGCAGGGUGGCCAUUAUACCGCUAUGUGUUCCAGUUGGCAAACUCUUUACUGCCAAUAUUUGGGGGUUUUUUGUAUUGAGAAAACCCAUUUUGUAAUAAAAUCAAUACUUAUAUUUUGAUUUUGAUUAUUCAUUGUGCUAUUUGUUAUAUAUUUUAUCAGUCUUAAGCGGUUCGUGUUAUUUUCAAUCACUGCCUUUCGAACUAUUUAUCCUAUUUAGGGAUUCUACCAAACACAGCUGAGUGAGCAUUUACACCAUAAUUACACCAAUGUAACUGAAUGCUAAAACAUAAUAUUGAUAUCUAUGAAAGUCAACGUUUCAUGUUUCCUCACACAUGUUUUCAAAGUCCCGGAAUCCCAGGCGAAAAACUCUUAAUGUGUACCAAUCGAAGAACUGAUCAUAAAUGAAAGAAUGAAAACGACUCAAAGAAUUAACCACCAACAUGUGAUAACUACGAAAAACCGGAAGUCGUCAUGCUCUGUUUGUGUUUUACAGAAACACAGACUUCAAAACCUGAACACGAUUUAGGUAUCAUGAUUGGUAUUAAUUUUGAGCUCCAUUCUUGGUAAAAAAUAAUUUGUCAGAAUUAAAAUUCAUAAAGUACUCAACAUUUGAAUUGAAGUGUUCUUUACUCAAGUUCUCUGUACCCAUGUAUCCAGUUGACAUUCCUAAUUAAGAGGUGUACAAUGUAUAUCAAUUUUUUUUAAGGGGGCGGGGUAUUUACAGGUUAAUUUCUUGUUGACACAAGUGUUAACCAGCAGCAUCAAACGAUCUGGUCAAAUAUCUCAGUUAAUUGGCACAUAUAUCUGUGAAAAACAACACACCUGUUAAAAUGUACCAGUUGUCAAUACGUUUCUUCAGAUUUAGUAUAUCAACCUUUCGAGCAUGUGUAUAAAACAGUCAGUUCUAUUUCUGUAGAGUUUAUUUACAGUAUUUGUUUAAUUUUGAAUUCCUGUAUCAUUGUAUAACAAAACCAGUGUCAGGUAUAUUGUGAUACCGCCGGAAUUGUACAGUGAAUAUAGCUUAUGAUUCAACAGAGAGUUUGUCACUGCUAUUUCCAACGCUCACUGUUUACAGUGUAGGUGUGUAUAUAUGUAUAUAUUACUAUGUGUACAUUGUGUAUAUAGCUGCGUGUAGAGGCUUUUUUGCUAUUGAACGUAUGUACGUUUUACUGCUGGAUAUGUUCAUGGAAUAAACUGAUGAAGAA